AAUCACAGUAAAGCGUGACAGUGGCAGCUCCAUUUGCUUUGCUACUACUAGGCUUCUCUUCCCAAUACCAAAGUCUUGUUCUUUUCACUUACCCAUUUCCCUAUUUCACUUCUUCUUCCUCUUUCACCAAAUGGGUCAUCUCUAUCUUCUUCCAUUUCUCUUAUAAUAGUAAAAAAAAUUCAUCUUUUUCUUCUUCUUGGGUUGGUGGAGUUUUCUGUGUUUUUGUGUUUUUUUCAUCAUUGAAACAAAAGAUGUUUUCUAGGUUGUUACGUCCUCAUGACCAUGAAGGAAGUGUUGUUGUUGUUCAAGAAGAAACAAAUCAUCAUCAUAGUCACCUUACUGACCCUUGUCUUGUUCUUACUUCUGAUCCUAAACCUCGUCUUCGUUGGACUACUGACCUUCACCAACGUUUUGUUGAUGCUGUCACUCAACUUGGUGGUCCUAGCAAAGCCACACCAAAAGCAAUCAUGAGGAGCAUGAACGUCAAGGGUUUGACACUCUAUCAUUUGAAGAGUCAUCUUCAGAAGUACAGGCUUGGUAAACAAGCUGGAAAAGAUUCGGACGAGGGAUGCAAAGAUGCAAUAUCAGGUUCAUAUCUUCUUGAAAGCCCUAGUACUGAAAACUCAUCUCCAAAGUUACCAGUUUCUGAUGCAAAUGAGGGCCAUGAAGUCAAGGAGGCAUUAAGAGCACAAAUGGAAGUGCAGAGUAAGCUACAUUUACUAGUGGAGGCAGAGAAGCACUUGCAAAUUCGCCAAGAUGCAGAACGGAGAUAUAUGGCCAUGCUUGAGAGAGCGUGUAAGAUGUUGGCUGAUCAGUUUAUUGGUGAUGCAACUAUAGACACAGACAUCCAAAAAUUUCAAGAACUACCAAAUACCGUGCUAGGUGGAAAUGGAAUGCAUGUUUCAGAAGUACCCUAUAUUCUCCAGCCCCAAGGUGCAAACUGUUCUGCUGAAAGUUGCCUAACAUCGCUUGAAAGUCUCAGAGGAUUGACUCUAGAAGGAUCACUUGGUGGUGGGACAAAGAGGAUGCUGGGUUUGGACUCGAUGGUAGCGCCUUUGAUCUGGAGUGAUACUAACAUGAGAACUCAAGGCAUUCAUUUAUCCCAAGUCAAUCCUCAAGGAAUAGCAAGGUAUGGCAUGUAGGUAGGACAUUGUAAAGAGAAGACAUUGUGUUUGACUCCUAGUUUGUAGGAUUAAUUAAGUGCUUAAAUUCUUGUAUGUUCCUAUCCUAUCUUAGUUGAUGGGAAUAGGACUAGCAUCAACUUGUCUAAUUUUGUAUAUUGAAAAUACUCAGUAGCUAAAUUUGGAAUGUUGCCUCACCUA